GUUUUCCUGUUGCACCCGUCACUCCGGCCGCUGUCAUUUCGCACAUUGGGCACAUUGCACACCGGCAGCUUUCGAUUGAAGUGAGAAAAUAUGUGUUGCUACGGUUAAAAUUGCCCAAUGUUUUGGGGCCAUUACUGUUACAAACUAAAGUUAAUUCACAUUUACGCAUGUUUUUAGUAAUUAUGUGCAUCUUAAGAAAAAUACAUCUUUCGCUUUGGCACCUCACAGAAAUGGCAAAGCAUAGCAUAGGUCAGAUUGAAAGACUUCUUCACGGGUGUGCAGGCCACUCGUCGGCUUUCUGGUCACGAGAACCGAUUUGUCAAUCGCGGCGCCGCAUUAGUUUUGUUCAGUCCGUUUUCCCCGAAAUCUUGUGAAGCAAUUCUGGCGUACAGACACAGCGCGAGCCGUACACAAAAGAACGUCUCCGCUCCUUUCACGCCCCGUGAUGUCUAAGCCCAAGCAUAACAAAACCACCAUCUCGAAAGCGGAGCAGCGUGCCGAGUACCGUACCUUCAAGACCGUGUUCCUGUACUGCAUUCUAAUCAUUGUGCUGCCCGUGUUCACAUUCUUCACCUCCAAGCAUUGGCUAUUUGAUGGGCUGCUGCAGCUGUCCAGUGUGACGAGCAACAUCUAUUCGGCGGUCAGUGCAGUGGUUGCACUGCACGUGGCCCUGUUUCUGUUUAUCUACAAGGCCUACUUUGCGGUUAGCAGCGAUACGCCCGAGUCCCUCGGCAGUCGGCGGGGGGAAAAGGUGUCCCAAAAGGAAGACUAAGCUAAGCUGAUCGCGGUAGCAGUGCGCCACAGACUGAAAUCAUUCCAAAGUUUGCACAGUGAGUGUUGUUGUAGAGUGGGUGGCGUGCCGGGUUUUGGUGGUGUUCGCGCAAGAACUAGACAACGGCAACAAGAUGAACAGGAUAGAUUUAGAAAUCGGGCAAACCGUCCUACUCGAGCUGGAGGAUGAAUGUUUGCUGGGGAAGGUGUCGCACGUAGCGUCCGAUCGGUCAUUCAUUCGAUUGUCCGAUGUGCGCGACACCAGUACGAAGAAAAACUAUGGCGUGCAGACGUACUACAACUCCGAGAUUCGCUGUGUGCAGGUUGUCGCUUCCGAUUAUCGGCCGAAGCUCGAAGCGAGCUGUCGAUCGGACGGAGGCGUUGUCAGGUCCAAGCAGCUUACGCUCGAUAACCUCAACAGCACACUGGAACAGAUCAGCAACUACGUAUUUAUCCAUCAAACCGACGCAAAGUACCACGACACUGUUCGAUUCCUCAAGAAGCAGCACCAUUUCGGCAUUGCGAUGGAAAGCAUCGAGCUGGGGCGGCACUCGAAAACAUCUUCCCUGCUCACGAUCGCCACGCUCGACUCGAUCUACAUUUUCGACAUCAAAUGGAUGAAGAUCACGGCCGACUUGCGCGAUCUGUUGGGCAACGAUCGGUACAGACGCGUGCUGUACAACGGCCGGCUGGUGAGCGACACUCUGCUCCACAGGUUCGGUGUACCGUUGGGGAAAUGUUUCGACCUUAUGGUGGCUCACAUUGCCAUCAGUAAAACCGCGGAACGGCCGGUCGAGAACACGGUUUCUCUGCAACAGUGUGUGCAGAGCCACCUACAGUUGCCGGACAAAUUCUUCGAUAUGGCUAUCGACUUCAAUGUACGCCCGCUAAACGAUGCAGCGAAGAGGGAAGCGGCAAAAAAUGCAGUAUUUCUACUACCGCUGCAAGACCUUUUCGUACACGAGAUUAUGCUGGAACCGUUCUACCAAAGCUGCGUCCGCUACUCGCAGAGCUUGUCCGGUAAUGCGGACUACAUUAACAGCUUGGCCGACUUGCGCAACAAGGGUCCUGAAGCGGUCGAAGCAAUCGAACCGGCAAGGCUAGGCAUUAAUGUGGAGCUGACCAAUGUAACGGAGCGUGGGCCAACAACUGAGCGAGUGAGUGAGUGACUGACUGACUGACAUACUAAGCCUGGCAAAGGAGGAAAACGAUGGAAAAUAAAGCUCUGGCGCUGCUAAUAACUCAUGUUUCUGGGAAACUCUUUCUUGGCCAUGUAACAUUUCGUUAUUUUCACCUUGAAAACGAGCAGCAGGCUACAGAGAUCACUACUAGCAACCGAAAGUGCACCAUGAAGAGUACUCACUUGGGCUGUAGCGUAUGUGUGAUGUGUUAGUGAGCAUGUUCAUCGGAGGUCUGUCACGUAGAUGAGGGCAAGAAGGAGCAUGCAAGGCAAAAGGGAAGAAACGUUGCAAUUAAGGGAAAGAAUGAAAAGCAGCGGAAAUACUACUGCCGAAAGAGUCGGAGUAGACAGCGCCACGCCACCAACCUGAGCCUUUGUAGGAUGGAUCUUUCUGGAAUUUCUAUAAAACGAUGUAGAAGCUUUUCUGGAUAACCCUUUAUUCGUGAUUACAGUAAGGAAUAGCCGAGGCAGAAAGGUUAAAACAUGAAAAAGACAAAAAGAGGCACAUA